ACAGAUGUGUUCAAACGUCAUUAUCAGAACAUGAGGUUUUGUGGCCUCAGUGUUAGUGUCGUGCUCUGUUGCCAGUUAGUGUCCGCCCUUCUACCAGAAAACUCGCCAGAAGAUGCCACAUUGUUCUUUGAAGGUUUGGCCAGCAAAUAUGGGCACCCUGCUCGAAAAUACGACGUGAUCACUAAAGACGGCUACAUACUGACUUUGCAUAAUUUACCUGGAAGAAGUAGAGUCCCAGUUUUGCUCAUGCAUGGCUUCCACGCGACUUCGGACGCUUGGUUAUUGAGGGGGAACAUCUCCUUGGCGAUAGUCCUGGCGAACGCCGGUCACGACGUCUGGGUGGCGAACAGCAGAGGAAACAGGUACUCCAGAAGGCAUCAACACCUGGACCCCGAUCGCGAUCCAGCCUUCUGGAACUACUCAUUCCACGAGAUGGGACUUUACGACCUUACGGCCACUAUCGACAAAGUCCUGGAGAAAACUGGCGCAGAAAAGCUCAAUGCAAUAGGUCACUCUCAGGGCACCAUGCUUUUCUUCGCACUGGGUUCCACCAGACCGGAGUACAAUGCCAAAAUAAACAUUCUCAUCGCUCUAGGUCCCGUAUGCUUCUUGAACCACAUUCCACCAACUUUUAGUGCUAUAAUAAAACUAAUUCCCACAUGGGGUAAGAUUAUGUACGAACAGAAUAUAUAUGAAGCUUUCAAUAAACCUACCAGAGGCAUUAUCAGGCAAUUGUGCACAUUACCAGUCGUGGGAUACCAGUUAUGCUUCGAAGGUGUUAUUUUCACGAUAGUUGGCAGAGAUUCUAAAGAGUACUCUCCUGAGUUUGCUGAAGUACUGUUUCCGCAUUUUCCUACGAGCGGAUCUGUGAAGAAUAUCCUCCAUUUGGCACAGCUGCAUAACAGAGCAACCUUCGCACAGUAUGACUAUGGGUUUCUGAAGAAUAUAGCUGUGUAUGGUGCUUCUAUACCACCAGAAUAUGACCUGAGCAAGGUGGCAAUGCCCGUCGCCAUAAUAGUGGGUGAUAAUGACAAGUUGUCCACGCUAAAAGACGUCAGCACCUUGAGGAGUAAGCUGCCUAACGUCGUCGACUAUGUGGUGUCACCGUACAAGCAGUUCAACCACUUGGACGAUAUUUGGGGAGCGCAUAUGGAUGUGUAUCUAAAUCCAUAUAUUUUUAAGAUCUUAGAACAAUAUAGUUAAUACAAAACCAAAGAACUGUUAAUCGUUAAGGUCUCAAAAUGGAAUGGUGAUCGAAAGCGCAGUGUUGGGAAAAUGUCA